UUGCACAUCUAUGUUUAUAAGAAUUAUGCACAGCUAUGGAGUGUUUUUAUCCCUUGCCGUGUUUUUGUUUUGGUUUGUUUUUCUAGGAAGAUCCAGCUAAGACCGAGGUGUAACUCCAUCCGCUAGACAAAUGCUGCGUUCUCCAUCAUCCCCCAUCUUCCCUCUACAGGUUACUCUCUAUAGAAGCAGAGAAGAGGACGGCGGGCCCUUGAAGCGUGACCUUUGACCUCCCUGGGCGGUCUAGACACGAAAAGGUCGACUCAACAAAAGAGAAACAAAGUCACGUGCUGUAACCUGCAGGAAACGUCUCGUAGGACCGCUGGCGUCUGUCCCAGGGUGACCUCCGUUCUCCAGGAACGACAAAAGAGCAAAGCACUUCUCGAGUAGGUUAGCGGCCCUGACCAAGAGUGAUGACCCUCAUUACCUAGGGGUUGCUGAAAACCUGUCAUCUAGUGGUCCCGUGGUAAUAUUUAUGGUUGCUAAAAGCUCCUGUCAGCAUCCACUUACUGCUGCUUUUGGUACUCUCUUCUGUGGACAGCCAAUCAUUGGUGCUACUUAUGUAAUCGGUAGCCAAAUGGUAUUUGCAAGAUGAGGGUUCGGUGUCUGAACAGUAAAUCCCUGCAUAUCUUAUCUAUCCCACAGGAUAAAAAAAAAAUGUGUACACAUCGCAUGUGUGUCGUGAGCAAAAUCCGACAUUUCUGAUUUGUUAACUAAGUUUUUCUACAGGGGGUGGGGAUGGGAGUAUCAUUAGUUAAAAAAAAUUUUAUGAAAAUUAGUUUUAAAAAUUGUUAGGACCCUUGAAUUUGUUUUUCUUGGUUCUAGCUAAAAUGUUAUCAGUAAUAUCAAAAUAAUAGGUUGUUAAACGAUAUUAUCAACAUGAGCUUGGAUUCAUUUUUUAUUACACAUCAGAUUUGCUGUUCAUAAAAAAUGCCAAUACACAGAAAUUUUUUCUCAGAGAAGCAAAAUGUUUGUCCGAGUCACUCUGAUACAGUCACGAAAGAGAAUCUGUUCAUAUUCACGUGAAGACAUCUCGUUCUGCUAUCCAUGCCAGGCAAGGGACCGAACUUGAGCUCACACAAACACGGCAGAGAACAUUCAUACCAUGAAGCAAAUAUCAAACCUGCCUCAUACACUAUGUCCAAACAACUUAUUUCAAAUGUCGUUAAAGCAGACGCCAAGAGAAUCUUCAUUUCGAAGUAAACACAUCGCCAAGAAGCACAUCAAAUGUGGCUCAAGCAGACGCCAGAGUAUCUCCAAGCGAUAAACUAGUCAUCACAUCUUUUUUAUAUCAGACAUCAGUAACAUCUCCCAGAAACACACAAAUGUCUUUGGAGGAAAAGACAUAUUGGGCUUGAGAGUAUAUUCCUACGAUCUGAAUCGUAGACUUCGGGUUUCAAAUGAACCACUUAUACAAUCGUAUAUAAAAACAGCUGAUGCAUGGAUGCUCCGUACUCUUUCACAAAAAAUAAAUAAAUAAAAGGAACCUACUUCAUGAUGUAGAAAAUACCACGUGACAAUAAAGUCAUUCUGUCAUCCCAGACUUUCACUUCCCUCGACUCUUCGUUGCUGUACUCAUGUCUAAAACUGUAAGCCACGAUUUCUACAUCCAUAAUGCCAAAAUGUCAACAAUAGGAGACUAAAAGUGAACACUCAAACCCAACAAGUUGAAGUCACUUGAAAAAAAAACCAGCAAACAUGGCGGUCCUCGCGCACCGUGUCAGAACGAGGCAAGAUAGCCCGAGGGUCGCCAUGUUUCAGCAAUAUUCUCUUACCCGUAAAUGUUGUCUAAUUUCUAAUGUUCCGUUACUACCUGCAGAAACAUCGCCUUAUCUGGAAGCUGUAAAAGCAAUCCUUUACACGAAGCGCAUGGAGAUAAAGACGAGUGAACAGAUGUCGCUACCUAUCACGAUAGAGGUCAAGGCCGCACAUGAAACAGUCAAGGCUGACUCACAGGUCAAGGGUCACGAGUCUCGAAUCUCGUACCACAUUUGUGCAGUGUUUAUUUGCCUGUCUGCCCUGCUUCUGUCAAGCGCCCGGCAUGAGCCUUGCCCUUCUCUUUGCCGCCGAAGGUCAGAGGGCAUCAACUCCAAAGUUCUUGUAACAACACAUCCUGCCUCGGACGAAUGUUUUCCUUUCGCUGAUACAAUCGCAGAGUGGCGAUUAUCUACAAUGCUAAAACUGUCUCAAAAAAGAGCGGACGUGAAACCAAAAGGAAAAUAUCCUGCAGCUGGUCUUUUACAAAAGUUUUCACAGUUUAGAAACGAUGAACCACUCCAUAUUCAUUCAGCGGUUUUAUGUGAAGUGGACCAGCUAAGCCGAUCAUACUCCGAGGAUCUGAGGCUCUACCCAGUGGGAGUCGGAUCCACCCGCUUCAGCACACAGCUUCAUCUCUAGCCAGAAGCUUAGACAAACUGGAGACAGCAACUGGCGUUGCUAUGAUACGGCAACCAGAUUCUCCCCACAUCCUUUUCUUUCUUCAUUCAUUUAUUUUUGUCAUAUUUAUUUUUGUUUCCUUCCUGUUCCCCCUCAUUUCUUAUACGAAGAAAGCACUAACUAGCACAAAGAAGCUCCUGGACCAUGAU